CGUAUGGUCAACCCUGUUGUUGCUCGGCGCGUGGCGCGUGUACCCAAGCACGCAUCAAAAUCUGCCGCUUCAACCAGCAAUUGGUGUUGGGAUGAAAAUUCCUGCAAACCGUGGAGAAGAGGACAAACAAUUAGGGUUUCUCAAAUUCAUCAAACCUCCGUGUUCCAUUUUAGGGUUUUCUUUUCUUUUUUUAUCUGCUUACACUGCUCCAUUUCCCUUGAAUUGUAAUUUGUACAGGAGGUUGCUGUGUUCUCAUGCACAAUUAAAAUUGGCAAAUGAGUGAUGCACAAGAACACGAAGAGGCUGCCCAGGGCGAGCCCUCGGUCGUGGAAGAGAACAAGUUGUUGGUUGAUACAAAGGAUCGAGUUCAGCCUCAAGAUGCCUCUGCUGCUGUUCCAGAAUAGGAAGCGUCAAACCUUGCUGAAAAUGGGUCAAAUCAUGUCGAAAGUGGGUCAAAUCCUGCUGAAAAUAAGAAGGAAGAGCCAUCUGCUGCUGAACAUAAAAAUGUGGAACCUCAGGUUGUUUCAGAAGGAAUUUCACAAGAGGAUGUCCAAAAUACUCUUCACUCUGUCCCAGUAGAGGCUCAUACUCAGGUUUUGAAUACGACAGAAUGUGAAGAAGCGUCUAAAGCGAAGGGGGAAGCUGAAAAUUUUCCCACAAGUGAUAAGAAGGUUGAGAAUAGUGAUGAUAUUCGUCAGAAUAGUAUUGAUGAUGUUGGAAUGGCUGUGGAAGUGAAGCCUGAAGGCUGUGGAGUGAUUGACAGUAAAACUUGCGACAAUGGUGAUCCAAUGCCUGCAAGCCAUAAUGAGCCUGCUGUAUCACAAUCUGCUCCUGCUGAUACAAACACUGAAUUUGUGAAUGUAUUAGAAGUUGAGAAUAAGGCUGAUGAAAAGCAAGCUAUCGAUCCUGCUGAUAAUGGGAAUUCAAACUCAAAGCACUUGUCUUUCUUGGAUGCUGACCAUUCCUAUGAUGGUAAUGAGUCAGGAACCGAGGAGGAUCAGUCAGCAUUCACGAAGGAGCUUGAAAACUUCUUUAGGGAGAGGAGCAUGGAAUUCAAACAUCCCAAGUUUUAUGGAGAAGGACUAAAUUGCCUCAAGUUGUGGAGAGCUGUAACGAGAUUGGGUGGCUAUGAUAAGGUGACUUCAUGUAAGUUAUGGCGGCAAGUGGGAGAGUCUUUCAAACCUCCGAAGACAUGCACCACUGUCUCAUGGACUUUCCGGGGAUUUUAUGAGAAGGCACUUCUUGAUUAUGAAAGACAUAAAAUAAAAGGUGGUGAGCUAAAUGUGCCGAUUUCUUCUCACCCAGAGCCAAUAAAUAUUGAAAAUCAGGCUUCAGCAUCAGGUAGAGCCCGGAGAGAUGCUGCAGCACGGGCUAUGCAGGGUUGGCACUCACAACGUCUCCUAGGGAAUGGUGAAGUUAGUGACCCUAUUAUUAAGGAUAGGAAUUCCAUGUCUGUGCAAAAGCGUGAAAAGCAGCUUAAAAGCAUCAAUUUGCACAAACGUAAAAAGCCAUCUUCACCUUACAUGGAUAAUGCAGUCAAGGCUGCACGCAGUAAACCUUCUAAACCCCAAUUGGACACAACUGUGAUUGAUAUAGGACCUCCUGCUGACUGGGUAAAAGUCAAUGUACAAAAAACUAAAGAUUGUUUUGAGGUAUAUGCUUUAGUUCCUGGCCUUCUGCGGGAAGAGGUUCGUGUACAGUCAGACCCAGCAGGACGCCUCGUCAUAAGUGGUGAGCCUGAGCAUCCCAACAAUCCUUGGGGUGUGACACCUUUCAGAAAGGUCGUCAGCUUGCCCUCAAGAAUUGAUCCCCAUCAGACGUCGGCGGUGGUGACGCUGCAUGGGCAGUUGUUUGUUCGUGUACCAUUUGAACAGUCCGAAUAGUGGUUCCUUUUGGUUUGAUGACUUUCUCUUUGACCAUGAUAUAUAUAUGUAGGAUAGUUGACCCGAAAACCAUUUACUUACAAGAAUUAUUUCUGUCUGUAAAACUAAUGCCAAUUUCUGGCUUAGCGUAGCAUUUAUUUCAAGCCAGUUAAAUUAAAAAUCAUGUACAACUGUUAACCGUGUUAAUACGAGCUAGGUAGAAUUCUGUAUUUGUAUUUGCUGGGGAGGAUUAUUGUAACUUGCAUAGUGAGAGUAUAUUAAACUUUUGACCUUUUAUGUGUUGCUGCUAUUGCAUUUGCUUUGCUCU